AUGACCGGGAAAUCUAACUCCUCACCCUCUGCGGUGGUUGGUCACGGCAUUGAAGAGGAGAGGGAACCAUCCGUCAACAUGCCCAGCAUCGAGUUGGUCAUCAGUCUCAACGAGCAAGACAGCGAUCUGCGCAGAGAUCCUUUGAGGUAUCUUGCUGCCCAGACACGUGCGGCAACAGUCGCGGAUGGCGACAAGAAGACGACUAAAGCACGCCCGUCGUCUCUGGAUCAAACGACAGUCCACUCCUCUUUGACACGCUCGUUCUCGUUGCAACCUGCCACACCAAAGACCCCCGCAUCAAACCACCUCGAAGCCGAGCGUAACCGCUUUUUCGACGCAUACACUUCAACACCGACCACUCUACACAGCAUGCACUCGCUACGAUCCUCUACACCGGAGGCUGGCAUGUAUCAGGCCUCGAUCAACACCUCAUUUACCAACGUUGCGCUCAAAUCACGCAAAGCCUCUCGUCGCGCUUCAACGCUUAUCAAAGGCAAGGUUGAAAAACCGUGGCUGAACGACAGGAAGCGAUUGAGAUCGCACAAGCUGGCCUUCUGGGCCUUUAUGGCUUCGGCCUUGACGGGAGUGGUUGGAGCUGCACUUCUCAUGUACUUUGCCUACGCAUCCGUUCCACGAGACAAGUACUGCCUGGUGUUGGAGGACCACUUUGACGGAUCAGAGCUGGACAAAAGCAUUUGGUUCCAUGAACAGGAGGUGGGCGGUUUCGGCAACAGCGAGUUCGAAUGGACUACCGACAGCAUCAACAACUCUUUCGUCGAGAAUGGCCAUCUGUACAUCGUACCCACGCUCACUUCGGAUCAUUUGGGCGAACAAGCUGUCUUGAACGGAUACGCCGUCAACCUCACCCAAAGCGGACAAUGUACCGCUCCCGUCCCGAGCAACCAUAGCUGCGCCGUGACGUCCAACUCGACCACGGGUGUGAUUCUCCCACCGGUGCAGUCAGCAAGGCUGAUGACCAACUUUUCACGCACUAUCAAGUACGGACGCGUCGAAGUCCGCGCCAAGAUGCCCACAGGUGACUGGCUAUGGCCCGCGAUCUGGAUGCUGCCCAAGUACUCAGUGUACGGCGACUGGCCUCGAUCGGGCGAAAUCGAUAUUAUCGAGACAAAGGGCAACAUGCCACGCUCCCGUCAGGACGAUGCUUCCAACAACAUGCACUCGACUCUUCACUUUGGGCCCGACUGGCUUUUUGACGGUUACGGAUUCGCCACCAAGGUCCGAAAGCUUUGGCACAAGUACUACAACCAGGACUUUCACACCUUUGGCCUCGAAUGGACCGAGGAGUCCAUCUUCACAUGGGAACGUUCUCCCGUUUGGCGCAACAUGCAGGUCAAUAUGAAACCCGGUGGAUUCUGGAAGCUCGGUGAAUUCCCUCAACGCAUGGGCAACGGCACAUUACUCGACGACCCCUGGGCAGGUCGACCGGAACCCUUCGCAAAAUCCGCGCCUUUCGAUCAGGAGUUCUACCUGAUUCUCAACGUUGCCGUGGGCGGUACCAAUGGCUAUUUCCAGGACCGUCAGGGUGAUAACAAGCCUUGGUCUAACGACGCCGAGAACCCUCGAGCACAAUUUUGGGCGUCAAAAGAUCAAUGGUUGCCAACAUGGCCCCGGGACCCUCGUGACCGAGGCAUGGUCGUCGACUACGUGAAAAUGUGGCAGAAGUGUUGA